AUGGCCAGGGGCUCAGGGGGCUUCGAGAAGCACUGCCAUGUCUUGAGCCAGGGACCUGCAGAAACAGAAACCAGCCUCCAGGCUCCAGCCUGCCCUUCCUCUUGGCAUGAGUGUCCCCCUCCAGGGCAGCCUUGGGAGUAUCCCCUUGAUAAGAGUGUGAAGAAGUGGAAAUUACACAUAAUUUUGAUAGCUUUAGAUUCAGCUAUCCUCUUGGUGCUUGGUUCAGACCCCCUGGGGGUUCUCAGGACUGGCUCACGUCCUGCUGUCCUCACCAGCGCCAGCACUGCCAGCAUGCCCGUCCAUGGCUCCUCUGCCGCUGCCGGCUCUCGGUCUCUGCAGGAGGAGAAUGAGAAGCAUGAGAAGCUGUGCCUGGAGAGGGAGCAGGAGCAGAAGAAGGCGGGCAAGGCCAGCGUGCCGCGGGCCAACAGCGCCCUGUCCCCCGAGGAGCCCCGGAGCGAGCUGCUGGUGCCCAUCUCCCCGCCGGGCCCGGUGCCCCUGCCGCCCCCGCCGCUGGCAGCCCCCAUCUCCGUCAUUCCCAUCCCCGUGGUCACCAGCUCCCCGCAGCAGGCAGCCCAGGCCGCGCUGUCGCCGGUUGGGACCAGGGAAGUACAUAAUAAAUUGGAGAAGAACAGACGUGCACAUUUGAAAGAGUGCUUUGAGACAUUGAAGCGCAACAUCCCCAACGUGGAUGACAAGAAGACCUCAAACCUCAGCGUCCUCAGGAGUGCCUUGCGAUACAUCCAGACUUUAAAGAGGAAGGAGAAAGAAUACGAGCACGAGAUGGAGCGGCUGGCCAGAGAGAAGAUCGCUACCCAGCAGCGGCUGGCAGAUCUGAAGAACGAGUUGAGCCAGUGGAUGGAUGUCUUGGAGAUUGACAGAAUUAUUCGACAGACAGUUCAGCCAGAGGAUGACCAGGCAUCUACCUCGACAGCAUCAGAGGGUGAAGACAACAUGGACGAAGAUAUGGAAGAUGACAGGCCAGUGAACUCGUUACCAAAACUCAGCCAGCGGCAGCACCCGGAGCUGCUGAAAGCCGUCCCCCCCAGUGCUGCUGCCCCCCUGCCCGCGGUCCUGCCCCCUCACGUGUCCAUCCAGCAGAAGCCCCACGCCCAGCCCUCCCUGCAGACGCAAGCCCUGGUCCCGCCGCAGGCCAUCGUCCCCGCACAGACUCACAUCGUGGCGGCCUCCACCGUGCAAUCGACUGUUAUCGCCCACACGGCCACCACCCACGCCUCGGUCAUCCAGACCGUCAACCACGUCCUCCAGGGCCCGCAGACCAAGCACAUCGCCCACAUCGCACCUUCCACGUCCAGCCCCGUGCAGCUGAGCCCCGCCGCGCAGCCCAUCGGCCACAUCACCGUGCACCCGGCCGCCCUCAACCACGUGGCGCAGCUGGGCCCGCAGCUGCCGCUGUACCCGCAGCCCGUGGCCGUGAGCCAGCCCGUGGUGAGCCACAUCGCCCACACGCUCUCGCACCAGCCCGUCAACGGCACGGCCGCGCUGGGCCAGCCCGUGGUGGCCAAGCCGGCCGUGGGCCAGGUGGUGCAUCACCCGCAGCUGGUGGGGCAGACGGUGCUGAACCCCGUGACUAUGGUGACCAUGCCCUCCUUCCCGGUCAGCACGCUCAAGCUGGCCUAGAGGGGAGCGCGCCGGGCCGGCUCCUUCUGGAGCCUUUCCCGAGGAAACUCUACAUUCCAGCCCGCGGCGCCGCGGGGCCGGGCUGUCCCCGCCCGGAGCUCUCCACAGACUGCAGAGACACUUCUCCACGGUGAUCCUUUUUCCUUUUACGUGUAAUGAGUGAACUAUGGAUAUGAUGUUCUUAAGACUUUAAUUUUGCCCUCUUAUGUGUUGCUUCUUUGUAGAAUAAAAAUUGCUGAUCUCUUUAUUGAGACGUUGCAUAGAA